UAAAAAGCAUAACGAUCAUCCCACCCGAUGAGUCAUAUCAAACCUAAGAAUUGCGGUCAAGGUCAACGGCAAGUAAAGCCUCCCCAAGGCAGAAUUGCUCCUCGUGAUUCAGUCUCAUUUCCAGACCAGAAGAGUGAGCCUGACCCACCAUCAGCUUCGCCCCCAAACCAUUCGAUUUCGAUCUCCCUCUCUCGAUCAGUUCCGGUGAUCAGUUCCCUAAGACUGCAUCAAGUUUCGUGAAUGGAGCAUUUCCUGGGGCUCUUGAGAAUCCAUGUCCACAGAGGGGUGAACCUUGCGAUCCGAGAUGUCCGGAGCAGCGAUCCUUACGUCGUCAUCAGAAUGGGCAAACAGAAACUGAAGAGUAGGGUAAUCAAGCAGAACACGAACCCGGAGUGGAAUGACGAUCUAACUCUCUCGAUCACCGACCCAGGCCUCCCCGUGAAAGUGUUGGUGUACGACAAAGACACGUUCAGCCUAGACGACAAGAUGGGGGAUGCAGAGUUCCACAUCGGGCCGUUCUUGGAAGCCCUGAGAGCGCCAACGGACGGAGUCCCAAACGGGACCGUGAUCGCCAGAGUGCCGCCCAGCCGGGAGAACUGCUUGGCUGAGGAGAGCUGUAUCGUGUGGAGCGACAGCAAAGUGGUCCAGGAUAUGGUCCUCCGGCUCCGCAACGUGGAGCGAGGCGAAGUCGAGCUGCAGCUUCAGUGGAUUGAUGUUCCUGGUUCCAGGGGCUUGUCGUAGUCGCCUGGACCUCCUCUAUGUUCAUAUGCUCUUGCUAAAUAAGCGGAGGAUGGAUCUUCACUGUACUCUGAUUAUCGAAUGAAUUUUCGUUUUUCUUUCUUCGUA